AUAUGCUUCAUAAUUGUACUUUCCAUGACAUCAUGGUGUUAUGUCAGCCAUGAAGGACAGAAUGAUACCAACAAUUCAGUGUCACUGGCAGGCAAAAAAUGACAUCUUUUAAGGGAACAUUUUGUAUCAAUCCAGAGUCAGGUUUAUGUGAGUUGAUUGACCCUAUUAAGCUGCCUUAUCCGUUUAUUUUGAUAGACGUAAAUCCCAUACCGACCUACCAACCUUUUGCUAGGUUAUCUUUUCUACAUAAGACCUCGUGCGACACUCGAUGAGACUGCCCUGACUGCCCACUAUGGCUAGGCUUGAAGAUAUCAUUUGGGAUACAGUUGUGAUUGGUGCAGGGAUAGUAGGAUCCUUCACAGCAUGGCAGUUACAAAAACUUCAAAGCCAAGUGCUUCUCGUGGAUCAGUUUCAGCUCCCACACUCACGUGGAAGCUCUGCUGGGCUCACCCGUGCUGUAAGAAAAGCAUACCAGGAGGAUUUUUAUUGUGAAAUGAUGGAGGAAGCCUAUAAGAUUUGGGAACAAAUUGAACAUGAAGCUAAUGUCAUUAUCAACAAAAAAACGGGAAUGCUUAUAAUUGACAAAGAUGCCGGAAACCUAACAAGCAUAAAGAGUAAUCUUCAGCAGUUGAUAUUCCCAUGCACAACUUUAACCGAAGAGGAGCUUAGGACAAAAUUUCCUGGAUUGAAAUUCGAUGGUCACGCUGGUCUGAUAGAUAUAGAUGCUGGGGUUACAGAUGUACAGGCGGCACUUCGAACUGUUCAGUUUCUUUUCAGAAAAAAUGGUGGGACUAUUUGUCCCGAGACAAAAGUUCUUAAGAUCAAUCCAGGUAGGCUGGUGGGAAUUAUGACUAACAAAGGAAACUAUCAGGCGAAAAGUGUUGUCAUCACUGCUGGCCCAUGGGCUGCGAAGCUCAUGGAGCCACUAGGACUGCACCUGCCUCUUAAGCCAAUGGCAAUCAAUGUUUUCUACUGGAAGGAAAAGGUACCGGGUGCCUACAGCAUGGCUAGUGGCUUUCCGGUAUUUGCAGAUUACAACACAAUGCGCUUGGAUACGUUCGUCUACGGUCUCCCCAGCAGUGAAUACCCAAACAUGAUGAAGAUGUGCCUUCAUGUUGGUCCAGCAACAGAUCCAGACAAGAGAGACUUACAAAUAAAGGAACACAUUGCGUCGGAUAUCAAGAAGUUAUCAGAGUAUAUAAGAGGACAUUUUCUGCAUUUGGAGGAUAAUCCAAGUAUUAUAGAGAGAUGCAUGUACACAAACACUCCGGAUGGUAACUUCAUCCUUGACAAACAUCCGAAAUGGGAUAACAUUGUCAUUGGUGCUGGAUUUUCAGGUCAUGGUUUCAAGUUGGCCCCUGUAGUUGGAAAGAUCCUAGCCGAUGUAGUUACAAACCGUAAUCCACAAUACAACAUGACCCAUUUCAGAAUGUCAAGAUUUGAGCAUGAAGAGAAAAGUAAACUUUGAAAUAUACAGAAGUGGAAUGGUGCGGUCGAAAGUUGUUUUGAUUCAGACAAUAUAAAUGAGGAUGCUGCAUAUUGUACAAACGCUGAUUAUUAUUUUGGUUAAUCUUUAAUUUAUAUAUUCUAAAUAUCAAAAUGUGAUAUUAUACAAAAUGUACUUUGCUCAAGUACCUAGAUAAUCUGAAUUUAAAUUAAAAAGGAAUGCAGAAUUAAAGAAGCAACGUCGAAUGAACAGGAUUAAAAUCAAUUAAUUUAGACAAUAGUUUCCAAGGAGGUUGAACUCCCAAGCCCAUACUGCUUAAAUGAUUUAAUAAUUCUGGCAUUUCGUCUCUUUUGCACACAGUACACUUAAAAUGAAAGCUGCGUAAAUGUAAAAAAAAAAAAA